CAGCUGAGAACUAUUUUCUGAUGCAGUUAAUGAUCUAGCUGAAUCAGAUACCUCCAGCAGGAGAUGCUUAUUCAUUCUGCAGUUCUUGAAGGCCUAGCCCAUGUUUGUAAAGGUGCUGAAAACUCUUUGAAGGGUAAUAUGGAUGAGUUAAAAUCAUUUUAGUAGUAUUACAGCAGGUGAGAUCUAUUUCUCCUUAGUUUUGCUGCCUGCGACAAUAUUGACAAUGUCAGUGCAACUCUUCCGUCAUUUUGAAGGAUCUCCACUGAGGAUCCCUGGGAGGGAUGGCUUUUUCCAUAAUGUAGGCAUGUCCUGUUCUGUGAAAUCUGCAGUUGCAGAUGAAUAUGCUGACCAGAAGAUAGGAGAGUUUGGUGGUGGUGUUGACGUCUUCAUGUUUCCUGUAGCAGGCGGUUUAGGCCCUCCUCAAGGGAUGAUUCCUAUGCAACAGCAAGGAUUUCCGAUGGUUUCUGUCAUGCAGUCCAAUAUGCCGGGCAUGAUGGGCAUGAAUUACGGUUCUCAGAUGCCUCCGGGACCCAUGACCAUGCAGGGUGGCAUGCCUUUAGGGCCGAUGCAAGCAACUGGAAUGCCUUACAUGGGACAGGCUCCUUUCUUAGGAAUGCGUCCAGCAGCCCCACAGUAUACCCCUGACAUGCAGAAACAGUUUGCGGAAGAACAACAAAAGAGGUUUGAGCACCAGCAGAAAUUCUUAGAAGAAGAACGAAAACGACGCCAGUUUGAAGAACAGAAACAAAAGCUAAGACUCUUGAGCAGUGUGAAACCUAAGACAGGUGAAAAAAGCAGAGAUGAUGCAUUGGAAGCCAUUAAAGGAAAUUUAGAUGGUUUUUCUAGAGAUGCUAAAAUGCACCCAACACCAGCAUCGCAUCCAAAAAAGCCAGGAGUUGGAGUAUUCCCUUCACAGGACCCAAUUCAGCAAAUGAUGCCUCCUUGGAUUUACAAUGAUAGUUUGGUCCCAGAGUUGUAUAAGAAAAUUUUAGAAACCACGAUGACUCCUACUGGCAUAGAUACUGCUAAACUCUAUCCUAUACUGAUGUCAUCUGGAUUGCCCAGAGAGACUCUUGGACAAAUUUGGGCUUUAGCCAACCGUACCACACCUGGGAAGCUUACAAAAGAAGAGCUUUAUGCUGUCCUGGCUAUGAUAGCAGUAACUCAGAGAGGAAUACCUGCAGUGAGCCCUGAUGUGUUAAACCAGUUUCCGGCUGCCCCUGUCCCUACUUUAACUGGAUUACCAAUGUCACUGCAUGCUACAGUAAGCCAGCAGCCUCUGAUGCCCUCUGGACCGCCAGUCUCCAUGCCUCUCAGCAUUGGACCCGCUGUCAUAGGAAUGAGCAUAACAGCACCAGCGGGUGGAGCUGCAACACAGUCUUCGGGAGGUUUUGUACCCUCCUACCCGCCCAGUCAGGUAGUAAAAGCCGAGGAUGAUGACUUCCAGGAUUUCCAGGAUGCUUCAAAGUCUGGCUCAAUAGAUGACUCUUUCACUGAUUUCCAAGGGGAUGUAGCUGGCUCCUCCAAAGCAGCCAGUUCACAGCACCGGAGCAGUGUUCCUUCUUUACUAAUGCCACUCCCAGGUAGUAAGACACUCUCAUCAACUGAUAAGUAUGCUGUAUUUAAAGGAAUUUCAGCUGAGAAGCCUUCUGAAAGCACAGCUCCUUUUGGAGAUUGUGGAGACAAAUAUAGUGCUUUCCGUGAGUUAGAACAACCAUCAGAGAGCAAAUACUUAGGAGAUAACCUUGCAGAAUUCAAGUCUGCAGGAACUGAUGACGGUUUCACAGAUUUUAAAACCGCUGACAGUAUCUCACCAUUAACACAAGCAAAGGCCUCUUUGAAUCUAGCAGACUUGGAUCUCUUUUCCUCUACUGGAGAGAACAAGCAGCCAUCAUUUCCACCUGCAUUCAAUACAUCAAAAUCAGCCUCUUUUCCUUUGCCACCACUUCCAUCUGCUACUGCCCAGCCAGCACCCAGCAAAGGCUCAAGCUUAGCUGAUGACUUUGGAGAGUUUAACCUUUUUGGAGAAUUUUCUAAUUGCACGGCAGCUGGUGGGCAAGAUGACUUUGCAGACUUUAUGGCUUUCAACAAUAGCAGUGGAUUUUCUGAACAGAAAAUGGAUGACAAGUACAAUGCACUUAAACUAGAGGCCAGUCCUGUUCCUCAGUCUGGCUCAUCUGCCAGUGCAGUGAAGAGUGGGCAGAAUUCUGCCACCACGGCUACACCCACUAAAUAUGAUAUCUUCAAACAGCUUUCUCUGGAAGGCUCUGGAGUAGGUUUUGAGGAAGGGAAGGACAACACACUUUCUUCAGUGAAGAGCGAUGAUGAUUUUGCCGACUUUCACUCUAACAAGUUUUCUUCCACGUGCAACAGCGCAGAUAAGUCCUUGGUAGACAAAGUGGCAGCUUUCAAGCAGGCCAAAGAAGACUCUGCUUCAGUGAAGUCUCUAGAUCUCCCUUCUAUCGGUGGCAGCAGUGUUGGCAAGGAAGAUUCUGAAGAUGCAUUGUCCGUUCAGUUUGACAUGAAACUGGCAGAUGUGGGAGGAGAUCUUAAGCAUGUCAUGUCUGAUAGCUCUUUGGAUUUGCCAACAGUUAGUGGCCAGCAUCCACCAGCAGCAGAUCUAGAUGACUUUAAAUGUGCCCCAUUUGGAAGCUAUAACAGUGGGUCUGCAGUCAGCAGCCUGGCAAGCUAUGACUGGUCCGACAAAGAAGACAUUCAUCAGGGCAAGAAGCUCUCUUCCUUUGUCCAGCCUUCAGGAAGUGGAUCCUCUGCAGCCACUUCAGUUCUUCAGAAGAAGGAGACUUUGUUUGGCAGUUCAGAAAACAUUACCAUGACAACAGUUUCCAAAGUGACAACCUUUUCUAGUGAGGAUGCUUUACAGGACGUUCCCUUUGCAGCCUUUGCAAACUUUAAAGACUCUGGCCCAAUAUCCAGCGGUCCAAGUGAUGAUGACACUGGAGAGUUUGGUGAUUUUGCAAGACCUUCAUCAGAAGCACAGGAUGCAGUAGCAGCAAGUGACGCAAAUCAAGAGGUAGACUUCCUUGCUAGUGGUCUCUCUUCUGAAACGCAAAAAGAGUCCACAGAUGACUUCGGAGAAUUCCAAAGUGAAAAGCCAAAAAUCAGCAAAUUUGACUUCUUGGUGGCAACUUCCCAAGGCAAGAUGAAAUCUAGUGAAGAAAUGAUCAAGAGUGAACUGGCUACCUUUGACCUUUCUGUUCAAGGGUCUCAUAAAAGGAGCUUAAGCCUAGGUGACAGAGAAAUAAGCCGCUCUUCACCUUUACCAGUUUUGGAACAACCAUUUAGAGAUCGUUCAAAUACUCUAAGUGAGAAGCCUGCUUUGCCUGUCAUCAGAGACAAAUACAAAGACUUAACUGGGGAAGUUGAGGAAAGUGAGAGGUACGCGUAUGAAUGGCAACGAUGCUUGGAAAGUGCCCUGCAAGUAAUAAAGAAAGCAAAUGAUACCUUAAAUGGAAUAAGUAGUUCAUCUGUUUGCACUGAAGUUAUCCAGUCUGCUCAAGGCAUGGAAUAUUUAUUAGGGGUCGUUGAGGUCUAUAGAGUAACAAAGAGAGUUGAACUGGGUAUCAAAGCAACUGCUGUGUGUAGUGAGAAACUCCAACAGCUUCUGAAGGAUAUUGAUAAAGUGUGGAACAACCUAAUAAGCUUCAUGUCACUUGCUGCUUUAACGCCAGAUGAAAACUCACUGGAUUUCUCAUCUUGUAUGCUGCGUCCAGGCAUUAAAAAUGCCCAAGAUCUUGCCUGUGGGGUGUGCCUCCUAAACGUGGAUUCAAGAAGUAAAAAAGAAGAGAAACCUGUGGAAGAGCUUCCUAGAAAAGCCUUUAAUUCAGAAACGGAUAACUUUAAACUGGCUUAUGGAGGGCACCAGUACCAUGCAAGCUGUGCAAAUUUCUGGAUCAACUGCGUGGAGCCAAAACCUCCAGGUCUCAUUUUGCCAGACUUGCUCUGAAGGGAGUUCUGCUGAAGGUGGAUUAUCAGGCUCUAAUAAUGUUGGACGCUUGGGGUAAUAAUUGAUAGAAUAAGCGGAAAGGCUUCUUUGAACUGUGAUUAGUAUUUCAAAUGUUUGGCUUUGAUCUUUAUACAAUAAUGGGUUAAAGCCACAGUCAAAUAUACAAGCUCUCCAUGAAGAAUUUCACUUGAAUUCUGAGGUCUUCAGAAACCAGGAAAAUAAUGUAGUGUGGCACAAAAUGCAGCAUUUCAGUCUUUCUCAAGCUGAAAGUAGGUUAGUGUUCGCAUCAAACCGGUCAGCUAAUCAAAAUGCAUAAACCUGUGACAUGGUACCAUACCUAGUUUCCAAGAAAAACUGAAAUGCUAGACCGAUUUGCAUGGAAGUGACCACUUAAAUACUUGAAAUACAUAUUUGCAAACAAGUCUUCUCUUUAAUAUUUUUGGUAUAUGGACCAUGAUGUUUUUUCUUUAAACAUUUGCUGCUAUACUAUUACAAUGCACAAGCCACAGUAACUUUCGAGGCAAAAUGAGUUAUUGACUUAGUAACUGAACUUCAGAGAGUCAUUGUAUAUUUAUACUUCUACUGCUCUGUAUUGUAAACUACGCUGUAUUCAUAGACAUAACUGGUUAAUACGAGGGAAUAAGAGCUUGGAAAAACUGUUGAAAUUUUCGCUGUCGUAUCUUGAUUCUUUAGUACAGGCAGCUGGAUUUUAAAACUUGCAAUCUCUGCUAUUCUGUUGUAAAUGCUAGACAAAUUCUUGCCUUGGGGUUGUCCUAAACUACGGAUGUGAUUUGUUAUGCCUUUCAUGUUACCCUUAGGUAGUUGUGUGGCUGUGUUACUGUUGAAAAUUGGACUCCACUGAUACCAAGUGUCUGCUGCUGUAUAUAUUAUCCUUUCUGUAUGUCAGUAUGCUUUUCUUGAUGGGAUUCCUGUGGGUAACUGGUGCAGUCUAGUGCUAUCUGUAAUAACGUUUUUUUGAUUCUUAAAACUGCCAGUACAAGAUGUCCCGUAGCUCCUACUUACAGGUAGGUGUGAUCUAACACUGGAAGUUGGUUUACUCAAGCAGGCUAUUUUCUGAAGCGGGCUAUUGCAAACCUGCCAUUUUGUUGCUAAUGAUAGGUACACCUUUCUGUGCAGUAAAAGGUUAGUUGAUCAGGCUAUCACAAAAUGUUACCCAUAAAUCUAAAGUACCUGUGUUUUUUGUUUUUUUUUUUUACUUCAGCUACAACGUUAAGAUGGCAGUGCAGUCAGAUGUAGUGCUAGCUACAGAAUUUUAAAUCUAGUGGGAGCUUUGUGUCAUUAUUUUAAGAGCCUUACCAUUAUGCAGUCUUAUUCAGCUUAGAGGGGAUGAAAUGUGAUGUAUUUGCAUUUAGUGCAACUUACUUCUUAACUCAUUGAUUUACUUAAGUUUCUCAGAUCACUAGAAAAGCUUCCUUCUCUCCAAAGAUAUUGACAGCUUCUCCAAGAGAAUCUUGCCUCUGUUAUGAGUAGCUGACGCUGACCAGUGGUUAUUUGCUGAAAAUGAAAUUACCAAGAAAAUUGAUACUUCAUUUAUAUAAUAAAAAGCUUAGUUAUAUUCUAUUAAUUAUGCCAAAUGAAAGAAUUUUGGUUAAUAAGAGUGCUAGGUGUCUGGCCCUUAUUUACACAGAUCAAAAUAAAUUUUCAUGCUGCCUGAAAUUAGCUCAUUCAUAAAAUGAACAACUUGUGCCUCCAGCUGCAAGCUCAAGCUAAUCACGUGGCAGGUUUUCAAUAGUGUGACAGUGAGCGCCUGCCUCUGUUGCCCCGUAAUUAUCAAAAAAGGGCAGUUCUCCUUCAUUGCUAUUUUAUUUAUUAGGUAUGAAAUAGUUACAGUAGUCUGCACCUUAGCUUUUGACUGCACAUAUUGUUUUUCCUCACAGUUGAGGACUGCUGUAUACCUCACUAUUGAAAGUAUUCCCAUGGAUAUUUGGGGUCUUCUAAGCAUAGUAAGUUAGCACUCACUUUUGCAUCCCGGAUUAGAAAAAGCAUUUAAGCGUUGUCUAACUUCAAGCAAAUGCCUAGUCUUGCCGCUAGCAAGGAGGCUUCUCAAGUGAUUUUGAGUAUGUAGCUGACGUAAAGGCUAUUGCUUAUUAAAAUACUAUAUUGGGAAAAGGGAAUUUAUUAACAUGGGUUUCCACCACAGUUCUUGGACACCUAACUGGAUAGGAGCUUUUUAAAAUAAAAGAGAAUGCCACAAAUAAAACUGGCCGCAACAUGAUACUUAAAGUAACCGAUAUUUCAAAUACAGUACCAGCUAGAUUGUUAUAAAAAUCUUUUUCAGGGAUGUUUUCCUUGCAACUUAUUUGUUAAGCGAGUAGGUUCCUUCUCUAAGAUGUAUCUAGCAUGUUUUUUUGGCACAUAAAAAUAAGGAAUAGACAUUUACAAUUAUAAUUGCAGUAGAGCUUACUGAAGUAUGACAUUACUACUUGCUUGCUCCCUACUGAAGGGAAAGCAGCAGGCAAUAAUAAUGCAUUUGUGGCAAGCAGAAAGUGUUUUUCUAAACACCUUUACGUCAUGGGAAUACACUGAGUGUUUUACAUUUAGAUACCAUUGAUAAGGGCAUUGCACAGGGAGGAUCAUUUCACUUACAUACCCAUGUCAUUAAAAUGACUCACUGUUGCAUUCAGCAUCUCAGCUAUUACAUUGCUAGCCAAAGGCCCCGUGCCCUUGGAAUCUGUAUCCAAGGUUACAGUAUUUUCUGCGGUGCGGUGUAUCAGACCACAUUCCCUUGCUUCGUUUGCAGGCAGGUUAAUCCGCAUACUGCCUUCUGUUUUGGUUGGGUUGCAUUGUAUAAGUGUAACUAUUUUUGGAUGUAUUCUUUCACUAGGAAAAUGUGAGAAACCUGGUUUGUUGUUGUUGUUGUUGUUUUUCCCUUUUAAUAUAUGUGUUAUCUGCAUCUGCCUUGGGGUUACCUAUGGAAAGCGACUUUUCUAUAUAUUUGUGUAUAUUUGGAGUUUAAGAGAUUAUUUGCUUGGUUAAUUUAUUUUAUGUAUCACUUUGCUUAGUUGUAUUCCUAAUGCUUCUAUGCUAUUUUAGCAUGUUUCAGCUGAAGUUAUCAUUUCCGUGGCAGUAGGAGUGCUAGUGAGCCAACUGUUCCAACCUGAUUUGCUAUCCAUCCGUCGUCAUGUUUUGUUUUCGGUAUCCUCACAAGCUUGUUGACCCAUAUUUGGUAAAAAAAUUUGGAGACUCUUUGUUGCAUGUGAAUUGUUACUUUCUGCACUUGAACAUUCCACUGAAUUUUCAACUCUGGCAGCAGCUUCUCUUCACCUGGGUUUGUUUUGAGCAGCUCCUCCUCGAAAACUGUGUGGUAAAUAUGAAGUCAUAGUGAAGCUCAACCUAAGGCUGAGAAGGAGAAGCUCUUGAAAACUCAAGGAAUACACUGUUUUCUAAUGUCAAUUUAAUUAAGUUUGAAACAAAAACUGCCUUUUCAAUAAGAACUGCUAUUGUACAGACUGCUUUCUUGAAUAUGUUUUUGCUCUCUGGACCUGUAUUUAAUUCCAGUUCUCAAUAUUAAAAUAUAAAUGUAAUUUAAGAAGAGCGUUCAGAACAUUUCCCUUUAUAUUGAUUUUUUUUUUUCCCCCCUUAGGUAAAUGUUAUUUGUCUUACAGAAGUCGUUUUGUGAUUAGUAGUUGGAGCUGUUUGUUUGUGUUGUGUCGGAGUUGCUCCUCAUACUUUAAAACUAGUGGCAAUAACUAUUACUAAUUGACUUUUUAGUACGUUGUUUACUCCUUUAAUUCUUGCCAUGAUUUAUAAAUCCUUUGUCAAGAUCCAUGAAACCGUGAUUUCAAUAAAGAACUCGUUUCA